GGGUCUGCCGCCGUCCGCACGUCUCACUCGGCCGUCACAUACUUGGAGUUCCUCAUAGGAGCCGCGAAACAAAACAACGCCGACAUGACGGACUCCAAACCGCCCGACUCAUCUUCCGCCCCGCAGCCGACCACAGCAGACGAGCCCUCGGCGGGAAACGGCCAGUGCGAGCAGAAGGACCCUCGGGGAGAGCAGGAAGAACAUCCGCGGCCAAGUUGCGGGAAUCCGGAAGAAUUGUUGAAGAUGGAGCAGGAGAUGAGGAUUACUGACAGCAUCGAGGACGCAGGUCUUCUGGAGAGCAGCAUGCGCCUGAAACCACACGAAGCACAAAGCUACCGCAAAAAGGCUCUGUGGGUGUCCUGGGCGUCCAUCGGGGUGACGAUCAUCCUGGCCAUUGCCGCUUUCACUGUCUCCAUCAUGCGGCACAGUGCCUCUGCUUUUGGAUUCGCUUUUGAUGCAGUGCUGGAUGUCCUGUCCUCUGUCAUCGUGUUGUGGCGCUACAGCAAUGCUGCAGCCGUACACUCAGCUCAUCGGGAAUACAUAGCCUGCAUUAUCCUGGGCGUGAUUUUCAUCCUAUCAUCCAUGUGCAUUCUGGGUAAGGCCAUCCACGACCUGGCCACCAAGCUGCUGCCUGAAGUGGACGACUUCCUGUUCAGCGUGUCCAUCGUCAGCGGCUUGGUGUGCAGCAUCCUGUGCGUGAUCAAGUUCAUGCUGGGCAAGGUGCUCACGAGUCGGGCCCUCAUCACGGACGGGUUCAACUCGCUGGUGGGCGGCGUGAUGGGCUUCUCCAUCCUGGUCAGCGCCGAGGUGUUCAAGCACGAGCCCAACGUGUGGUACCUGGACGGGACAGUAGGUGUCCUCAUUGGCCUCAUCAUCCUCGCCUAUGGAGUCAAGCUGCUGGCGGACAUGAUCCCCCGAGUGAGACAAACCAGGAACUACGAGCGCUUUGAGUAACGCUCAGCGGCCCGAGAAGACGCUGGCGAGGUGGGCUCUUCCUGUGAGACUGUAUACAACAUCCUGUAACGCAUGGAGGGCGUUGACUCCAGCAGGCAGAUCCAUCCACAUUUUAUUAAGACCGGGAGACUGAAACCUGUAAGUAAAAGUUGCUGAGUCGCAGCUUUGGACUCGCAACGUUCUUCACAUCAUUCUUAGUCAACAUUCCAGGAGGCCCGUGUGGAUCCUGGACACGUACUGUAGUGUUUCACUGUACUGUGGUGCAAGCAACAGUAGCUUUACGGUCAUUAGGCACAUGCGCCGCCUGCUGGCCGCUAGUGGAAGUGCAAGGUGAAUGUUUGUGUUGUCUUUGAAAUCGUCAUAACUACGUCGUUACAACUUUGUCUCCUUCUGCAAGCACACUUCCUGCUUGACACUAAGAUGGUUUGUGUGCUGCGGACAUAACUCGUGUCGAACGCCGGGAAAAAAAGGGUGUAUUUCAAAAUAAAAUCGUAACCCUCUUAUUCAUUGACGCUUUUAUUGUCAUUGAGGAUUCUAUUUGGCACUGACAACUAAAUGCUUGCGUUGGUUUGACAAAAAAAAAAAAAAAAGUUUGUAGAUCAUUUUUGUACAAAUGAUAAAGUUGGGGCGGUAUAGCUCGGUUGGUAGAGUGGCCGUGCCAGCAACUUGAGGGUUCCAGGUUCGAUCCCCGCUUCCGCCAUCCUAGUCACUGCCGUUGUGUCCUUGGGCAAGACACUUUACCCACCUGCUCCCAGUGCCACCCACACUGGUUUAAAUGUAACUUAGAUAUUGGGUUUCACUAUGUAAAAGCGCUUUGAGUCAUUAGAGAAAAGCGCUAUAUAAAUAUAAUUCACUUCACGAUGGGUAAUUUCAAGGAGAUACACAACAUCAUGCUGCACAUAUGCUAAUUGCUAUCAGCUGCUGCUUCCUCAAAUGAAAGGACAUAAAAUACAUCUUUAAAUCAUUCAUUAAAUGUGUUAAUUAUAAUUGGAAUUAAAUACGUGUUAUUAAAUAUGUCAUUGAUUCUUUUAAUGAAAAAUCACUUUAUGCAUUUGAUUAAUUAUUAUUAAAGUCACAGACUUCAGACCAAAGCAAUCAGUCCUGUUGGCCCGGCUCACUGACACACGCCUUCAUGAAAUGGUUCAUUGGAGCAUGAAACCAUUAAAUCAUUAAGAAAAUAUUUAAAUAAAUAAUGUAAUAAUUAAAUCCUGAAAUAAUAAACAUUAAAUACAAAUUUAAUAAUGAAAUGAUUAAAUCACAAAAUAUUUAUAUAAAUUAAGAAAUCAUGAAAUCAUUAAAACGUUCAAUCAUGAAAUAAUAAAAUAUUUAAAUAAAUCAAAUCACCAAACAAUUGCACGGUGAAAUAAUAAAAUCCUGAAAUCUAAAAAAAAAUAAAUCAAUAAAUCCUGACAUAAUU